AUGCCUAAGUAUCAUAUUGAACAUUUAUUAAGAGAAAUAAGAAGAAAAAAAAUCUCAACUGUUUUAUAUUGCAGAAUAGAAGAAGAAAUAAAGGGAUUAAAAGAUCGAAGCGAGAAAAUGAGAAGUGAGGUUUCAAAAUAUCGAACAUGUAGCAAUAGAGAAGAACAAGAAAGAUUAAAUAAUAUGAAAGACACCAUAUUCCGAGAUAGCAGAGAAAUUGAAAUACUUGAAGAGAAAAGUAAAGAACUUGUUAAUAAUAUUAAAGAACCAUCAUUUGUAGAAAGUGUUAUUGAAAGAAGUGAAGAAAGAAUGAAAGAAAUAGAAGAAGAAAGAGAAAAAAGUCAACAAGAAAUAAUAAUGAUUGAGAGUGAUAUUAGUAAAUUGGAAAAUGAAAAGAAGAGAAUUGAGAAUAAAAUUAGUAAAAGUGAAGUAGAAGCAGUUAAAGACUAUUACCAAGAAGAAAGAGAAGAUAUUAAUAAAGAAAUUGAAAAGAAAAAAAUAAGAAUCAAAGAAAAGAAAAGUAAUAUAAAAGAAGGGAUUAAAACGGAAAAAGAGAUUAUAAGAGAAAGUAAAAAUAAAAUAGAAAAACAAGAAGAAGAAGAGAUUAGUAAUAUAAUGGAAAAGAUUCAUAGUAUUAGAAAAGAACUUAAGAAAGAAAAGAAAAUAAGUGAAGAGAGAGCCAAAAAAGAAUAUGAAAUAUUAAAAAGAAAUCAAACACUAAGUGAAUUAGAAACAGGAAAAAUAUUAGAAGAGAGUCGAGUAAGAGAAAUGCGAAUCAAACAAAUACAAAGGGAUAUUAUUGAUUUAGAAAGAAGAAGUGAAUAUAUGAAAAAAGAACGAGAGAUAAUAAGAAAAAAACGAAUGGAAGAAGCGAUUUCCGAAGUUAAGAAAGAAGAAGGAAAAAGAAAGAAAAAAACAAAAGAAGUUAUUGAAGCAAAAGAAGAAUUAAGUAUCAAACAAAAAGAAAGGAUUGAAGAAUUAGAAUUUGAAUAUUUUAAUUUAGAAAAACGAAUAAGUUUAUUAAAUAGAAGGAAAGAUAUAAUCAAAGGAAGGAAUAAAGAUAUUAGUAGAAAGAAAUGUAAAGGAAUAACAAAAGAUAGAAUUAAAGAAAUAGAAGAAAAUCAAGAAAGAAUUAAAAAAAUUUCCGAAAGAAUUAAACAAGAAGAAGAAAGAAAUGAAGAAAGAAGAAAAGAAAUUGAAGAAAUUAAACAACAAAGAAAAGAAAAUGUCGAAUGGAUUAGAAAAGAACUUCAAAGAAAAAUCCAAAUAAUAAAAGAUAAAAAGAAAAGAAUUCAAAGAUUAGUUAAUAAAAUUAUUAAAAAAACAAAUAGUGGUACUAAAGAAGAAAUUAGAAAUGCAACAAAUAAAAUGCGAGACAUUAAUAAAAGUUUACAACCAUUAAAUAUUAUUGAAAAAACAAUGAAACAAAAAGUUGAAAGAUAUAAUGAAGAAAUUAUAAGAAAAAGAAUUGAAGAAUUUGAAAAAAUAAUGAUUCAUGAGGCACAAGUUAUUAUUCAUAAAAAAGAUGUAAUUAAUAAUGUCUUAAUUAAAUAUAAACGAAGUGCACAAAAUCUUAGUAAAAGAGUAUCUAAAUGUAAAGGAAAAUUAAGUCCUAAAUUUUAUAUGAGAAGAGAUAAAAUUUACAAAAAGAUUAAGAAAGAAGAAGAAAAAUUAAAAUUAGUUGGUGAAGAAGCCAUUAAAAAAGCAAUAAAUAUUGAAAAGUACUUACUUGAAAUGAAUCGUCUUUUUGAACGAAAACUAAAGAUUGAUCAAAUCAGAAUAAAAAAACUUCUUAAAAUGAGAGACACAAUCGUUUGUCAAAUAUCCCGUAAAUUCUAUGACAACAACAUUAAAUCCCUUACCAAUGAUAUUAAAAUUAGGCGUCAUCAAAAUAAACACAUAAAUGUCAUUCUCAAUAAUCUCAUCAAAGAAUUAAGAAAUCCAAACGGUAAAUAUUUAAUCUCAAUUGUCAAUGACACAAACUCUCUUCAGCAAAUUUGUUCCAUCUGUGAAAAUAUUGGAAAUUACGUCAUUGACAAAAUCGCUAAAGGUACUUCUCAACAUCUUCUUACUAAAAACGUCCUUAAUUAUUGUCAAUCCUCUCCUAAUGAAAGACUUUGUUUAGAAAGUUUCAUGAAAAUCCAACUCAUCGACUUAUCACAUGACUUACCUGCUUCUGGAAAUCAACUUUGUACUUCAUUAGGUUUCUGUUCUAAAAGCUGGUAA